UUGUGCUUUUGCACUUUUCUCCUCUGCUCUCCUCCAUCACUGUCCAGCCUCCACUUGUCCUCUCCUCAUCUCUCCAGCGAUAUUAAACUCAAUCUGGACUCGACUCCUCUCUGAAACCGGUUUGAACUCGGCUAAAUGGAAAUGUGAAGCAAAUUCGGAGUUUUAGGAUCCUUUUUGCUCUGAAGCGUUUUGCGGAUGGAGGAGUUGAGCAGCGCUGCCAGAGCGCAGCCUGAGAAUCCACAGGUAAAGCGCCAGAAACCCCUGCAACACAACAGAGGAGUGUGUGAACUGGCCUGGAAUCAGCCAUGAUGCCACAUCUGGGCACAGCUGGACCAUGCCUGUGUUUUGGAUCUUUUUUUCUGGUCCAUUUCCUGUGCGGCCUGCUGCUGGGACUGGCUGCAGGGUCCCGUGCUACUUCAGGCACGCAGCCGCACUCAAUAAAGAUAGAAGGCGAUAUUACGCUGGGCGGACUUUUCCCAGUCCACUCACGGGGUCCAGCGGGUGUCCCCUGUGGAGAUAUUAAAAAAGAAAAAGGAAUCCACCGUAUGGAGGCCAUGCUGUAUGCUCUGGACCAGAUCAACAGUGACCCAGACCUGCUGCCCAACAUUACACUGGGAGCCCGAAUUCUGGACACCUGCUCACGAGACACUUAUGCCCUGGAGCAGUCUCUGACCUUUGUCCAGGCACUCAUCCAGAAAGACAACUCAGACGUCCGCUGCUCUAAUGGUGAGCCGCCAAUCAUUCCCAAACCUGAGCGCGUUAUUGGAGUCAUUGGAGCCUCAGCCAGUUCUGUGUCCAUCAUGGUAGCCAAUGUAUUACGUCUCUUUGCGAUUCCCCAGAUCAGUUAUGCUUCCACGGCUCCAGAGCUGAGCGAUAACAAUCGCUAUGACUUUUUCUCUCGUGUGGUGCCCCCUGACUCCUUCCAAGCCCAGGCCAUGGUGGACAUUGUGAAGGCCAUGGGCUGGAACUAUGUCUCCACGCUAGCCUCAGAGGGAAACUAUGGAGAAAGUGGAGUGGACGCUUUCCUCCAGAUCUCCAGAGAAGCAGGAGGUCUGUGUAUAGCCCAAUCCAUUAAAAUUCCUAGAGAACCAAGACCAGGAGAGUUUGACAAAAUCAUUAAGAGGCUAAUGGAGACGUCCAAUGCCAGAGGAGUCAUUAUCUUCGCUAAUGAAGAUGACAUCAAGCGGGUCCUUGAAGCAGCCAAGAGGGCGAAUCUCACAGGUCACUUCUUGUUUGUGGGCUCUGAUAGCUGGGGGGCCAAAAUUGCCCCCAUCCUGAAUCAGGAGGAUGUGGCAGAAGGAGCGGUCACCAUCCUGCCCAAAAGAGCAUCUAUAGAGGGCUUUGACCAGUACUUCACCUCACGCUCUCUGGAGAACAACAGGAGAAACAUAUGGUUUGCAGAAUUCUGGGAAGACGAUUUUAAGUGCAAGUUGACCCGCCCAGGCAUUAAAUUGGACAGUGGCCAGAGGAAAUGCACAGGAGAGGAGCGGAUCGGAAGGGAUUCUCCAUAUGAGCAGGAAGGGAAGGUACAGUUUGUCAUUGAUGCAGUUUAUGCCAUGGCCCACGCUCUUCACAGCAUGCACAUAGACCUGUGCCCAGGGUCCACGAGCAUCUGCGACAGGAUGGACCCGGUGGAGGGCAGACUGCUACUAAAAUACAUUCGUGCUGUCAACUUUAACGGCAGUGCAGGUACUGGGGUGAUGUUUAAUGAGGAUGGAGAUGCCCCAGGACGUUACGAUAUCUUCCAGUACCAGCUCUCCAACACCACCAGUCCAGGAUACAAAAUCAUUGGCCAGUGGACCAACCACCUACGACUCAGUGCGGAGGACAUGCAGUGGUCAGGAGGAGACAAGCAGGUUCCAGACUCAGUCUGCAGUUUUCCAUGUGAGCCAGGUGAACGGAAGCGGAUGGUGAAGGGUGUUCCAUGCUGCUGGCAUUGUGAGCUGUGUGAUGGGUAUCAGUUCCUGCUGGAUGAGUUUAACUGUGACAUGUGUCCGUUUGACAUGCGGCCCACGCUCAACCGCACAGGCUGCAGGCCCACACCUAUCAUCAAGCUGGAGUGGAGCUCUCCCUGGGCCAUUAUUCCAGUUUUCCUAGCCGUCCUGGGUAUUCUAGCUACCACAGGUGUCAUUGUCACCUUUAUUCGCUUCAAUGACACGCCAAUCGUACGCGCGUCUGGCCGAGAGCUCAGCUAUGUUCUGCUGACUGGAAUCUUCCUCAUCUACCUCAUCACGUUUCUGAUGAUCGCAGAACCUGGUGCAGUUGUGUGUGCGUUUCGUCGUCUACUACUUGGACUUGGCAUGUGCAUCAGCUAUGCCGCCAUGCUGACCAAAACCAACCGCAUCUACCGCAUUUUUGAGCAGGGCAAGAAGUCUGUGACUCCACCUAAAUUCAUCAGCCCCACCUCCCAGCUCAUCAUUACCUUCAUCCUCAUCUCAGUGCAGCUGUUAGGUAUUUUUAUCUGGUUCGGUGUGGUUCCCCCUCACACUAUAAUCGACUUUGAGGAGCUGCGGCCCCCAAACCCCGAGUUGGCACGAGGGAUCCUGAAGUGUGACAUGUCUGACCUGUCUCUGAUUGGCUGUCUUAGUUACAGCAUGGUGCUAAUGGUCACAUGCACCAUUUACGCCAUAAAGAGUCGUGGCGUUCCUGAAACCUUCAACGAGGCCAAACCCAUCGGCUUUACCAUGUACACCACCUGCAUCAUCUGGCUGGCAUUCGUGCCCAUCUUCUUUGGAACAGCACAGUCCACAGAGAAGAUGUUCAUCCAGACGACCACACUGACUGUGUCCAUGAGCUUGAGUGCAACCGUCUCGCUUGGCAUGCUGUACAUCCCCAAAGUCUAUGUCAUCAUCUUCCACCCGGAGCAGAAUGUGCAGAAACGGAAGCGCAGCUUUAAAGCCGUGGCCCAGGCUGCCGCAGUCUCCUCACGACUCUCACAGAAAUCCAGCGACAAGCAGAAUGGAGAGACCAAAGCCGAGGCUGACCGGUCACAGUGAGGAGGUAAAAGAAGUAUUGUUUUCAAGAAACUGCAAUCAAAUCAAACCUGGAUGAUAGACCAGGAUUAUGGAUGAAGCGGGUAGUCUUAUUUUUGUGUGAAG